CAACACCAUUCACCAGAAGGCGUGUUUAUCGGCGACGAAGGAGUGAACAUACAAAAAUACUGUAUACAGUAAAACAAGAUGGCAGGACUACCCCGCAGGAUUAUAAAGGAGACUCAGCGUUUGCUGGCCGAACCCGUUCCUGGAAUAAAGGCAGAGCCUGAUGAGGCGAAUGCACGCUACUUCCAUGUGGUGAUUUCAGGGCCCCAGGACUCCCCUUUCGAAGGAGGCACCUUUAAACUUGAACUGUUUCUGCCAGAAGAAUAUCCCAUGGCAGCUCCCAAAGUGCGAUUCAUGACCAAAAUCUACCACCCCAAUGUGGACAAGCUGGGUAGGAUAUGCCUAGACAUCUUGAAAGAUAAGUGGUCCCCAGCUUUGCAGAUCCGCACAGUGCUGCUAUCAAUCCAAGCAUUAUUAAGCGCUCCUAACCCUGAUGACCCACUUGCAAACGAUGUUGCAGAGCAGUGGAAAUCAAACGAAGCCCAAGCCAUUGAGACAGCUCGGACAUGGACCAGGCUUUACGCGGGAAACAGCAUUGAGGUAUAGAAGAAAAGACGGGCACUGGAUGUUAUCACAACCUAAGAUGAUCUCCUUUAUUUGCAUUUAAAGGACACAGUCUUAGACAAAAAACAAGAUAAAAGCAAGCAAAAAAAUAACGGUAAAGAAUAUAUUUAAAAGAAAACAAGACUACUGCAGCCCUCUGGUGAUCUUAUGACACAUGGCAAUGUGUUUUGUUUUUGUCCCGGCUCACUGCUCGAAUGCAUGGACAGAGGCUGAUGCUUUCUGUUUUUCUGCGGGGGGGGGGGGGGGUGGUGACAAGUCUCGGCACACCCCCGAGGGGUUACAAACAUAGAAAAUCGCCCUGGACCCACAGUCAUACAAUGGGUCAGUUUAUUCAAAGGUCAAUAAAUUGAGGGAGUUUGUGACACAGCCACCAAAUACCCACCCAUUUGAAAAAUGUCCACUUGAGGUUUUGCCGCCUAGUCUCUUGUUGAAUUUACCGUAACCUUUGUUUCCCUCAGACAGUUGAAGUUGUGGGUUCGGAAGCCCUGUGUUUGCAAGUCCUUGGCAGAAGCUCAGAUUAGGGAGGUAAGGGUGUCUGUUACGACGCCCUUCUGGGGAUAAUGGCGUUCUUUUCAUUUUCUUUUAAUGUCGAUUUUUAUUCUAUUUUUUUUUUCAGGUGUCUCUUUUUUCCCCCUCCUAUGAUACUUCAUUAAAAGCAUGUACUUAACCAAGCUCAGAACAUGACUGUUCUAACUAGUUUGAUCCGUAUUGAUAUUGAGAAGUAUCACUUUUGGGGUGUUGAUGGGGGGGAAAUGUACACCCAAUUCUGACAUGAAACAACGAGGUACGAAAUACUAUCAUCGUCACUUCAUUGCUGAGAUCCUCACAGGCUUGUGUUGCUUCUGUACUGCUUUUCUGUAAAUGUUAUGUUGUAGUAAAAAUAUUUUUGUUGUGCCAUUUUGUUUGAUCUCUUUCUUGCUAGCUACAUAUUCUGGUAGGUGGUGUUUCAUUGCUUUUCCCAAACUCUGUCCUCACCCUUGUCUUUUCUACAAUUCUCUACUGCUAGUGUAUUCAUGUUUAAUUCAACCAACAUCCUGAAAGAGGGGAGAAAGUCAGAGAAUGUUCUAAUUUAUUUGUUAUCUUUUUCUAAGGGAUUUGGAAUUAAAUAUCAAUGAUUCGUCAUCCAAGCGUCUGGCCUUUAGAUUGAGAAUGGCUUCCAUGUCUCUGGUUAGUCAACUCUUCAUGUGAAAAAGGCAAAGAUAAUUGUGUAUUACCAGUGUCUGAAAUUAUAUGGGGGAAAAAAACAAUGCAUUUGCAUACGUGGCUCCUGUAAAUAAAACAAGUUGAGUAAGA